CCACAUCAUUCCAGUUGUUAUUACUUACUCUUUCAAAAAGAUAUAUAUUUUUUCAUCCAUUGGGCUGCACUGGUGCUGCCUCUUCUGUUUUUAUAUUUCCAGGUAGAACCCGAAUUCGAAAUGUCCAUGUCCAUUUUCCAAGCCCUAAUCCUCACAAGGGUCGCGAGACUGCCACAGACUAUUCCAGCUGUAUUUUUUAUGUUAUUGGAUAGUUCCUUUUUUGGUUUGUUUUUUGUUUUUGGGCUGAGCUGGUCCUCCUUCUCCGAGACAAAAGCCCACCAGGGGUCGUCCUUUGCCGCGCUCACAAAAGUCUCCCAAGCUGUCGUCAGCUCCCACGAGUUGCUCGUGACGGGUGCGAGUCGAGGGGAGUUCCAGGGUUGCACUCCGAGCGAGAUGGUCCUGGGUCACUUAUUGGCUAGCCUCCCAGUUGACAGUUGGCCCGGACGAGAGCGCUGAAGGUGAACACAGAAAUAUGCGACGCGGCCCUUUGGCGGCUGUUAGCCGUGGGACGACAUUAGCACAUUAGCAUCGCCGACAUUACAGCCUUGCUCCGGUCCACCGAGCUGUUGUGAGGACAAUUCGACAACACACGACCUGCAGAUGAGGCAUCAACAAUGUCAUCUUGAAAAAAUAUUCCUCCUUCCAGUCUGUAUGAAAGUGGUAGUACAUGGCCUGUAUUCUGCUGAAAAACAUGAAUUCAUCCACAACCUGCAGUGAGGCGCCCCACAAUAGCCUCCCCCCAAACCACAAGGCACCCUCUGGACCUGAUCCAAUGCAGAAUAGCACAUGCCUAAGUGUCCACCUUUACUAUGUGGGUAUGGAUGGAGGAGGAGAAGAGAGCGUGCUCACAUACCCGUCUGGCGAGUACGUAGCAGAGGACCUUUGCAUCCUAGCAGCCAAAACUUGUGGUAUUACACCAUUGUAUUUGAACUUGUUCAGCCUCAUGAGGGAAAGUGACCAGAUGUGGUUCCCAGCUAAUCAUGUCUUUAAACUGCAACCAGGGGCCAGUGAGAACCUCUACUUCAGAAUCAGGUACUAUUUUCCUGGCUGGUACAACAGUAGCAGUUCCUCAUAUGCUCAUCGCUGUGGGAUUUCUAAGUCCAUGGAGAGCCCUGUGAUGGAUGAGUGCGUCAUGGCAUAUCAAUUUUUCCAGUGGCGUCAUGAUUUCCUUAAUGGUAAGGUUGUCAUUCCGAUGAGUCACGAAGUACAGGAGGAGUGUCUGGGCAUGGCAGUACUAGACAUGAUGCGUUUGGCAAAAGAGAGUGGUCAGUCACCAGUGGGCAUCUACAAUGAUACCAGCUACAAAUCUUUGCUGCCGAGCUGCAUGCGAAAUCGGAUCCAGGAAUACAACAUCUUGACUCGGAAGCGCAUCCGCUUCCGGUUCAAGAGGUUCAUCCAGCAAUUCAGCGAGUGCAAAGUCACGGUGUGUAAACUUCGCCUCAAGUAUCUGAUGAGCCUGGAGGUACUACUUCCAUCGCUCUACUCAGAGCGCUUCCACGUCAAGGACCUGUCUGCACAUGAUGUCACCAUCGUUGUCAUGGGCAACAAGGGUAUCCAGUGGUCAAAAGGGAAAACGGAGGGAGCAGAGGAGGAGCUGCAGACAUACUGUGAUUUCCCAGAGGUGAUAGACAUCAGCAUAAAGCAGUCCAAUAAGGAAGGCUCAGUGGAGAGUCGCAUAGUUACUCUCACAACACAAGAUCACCAGAUCCUGGAACUGGAGUUUCACUCUCUCUCGGAGGCAUUAUCGUUUGUAUCAUUAGUGGAUGGAUAUUACAGACUUGUUGCAGAUGCACAUCAUUAUCUUUGCAAAGAGGUAGCCCCUCCAAGACUUCUGGAGGGCAUUCAGAGCCACUGUCAUGGCCCUGUGUCGAUGGAGUUUACCAUCGCUAAGCUGCGUCGCGCUGGUAACCGCCAAGGGCUGUACAUGUUGCGCCGCAGCCCCAGAGACUAUGACAAGUUCUUUAUGUCAUUUGUUGUGGGGUAUGAUGCUAUGAUGGACUACAAGCACUGUCAGAUUGUGAGAAGUGAGUGCGGGGAGUACAUUCUGAGCGGUGCAAAGAGAAGCUUCGUCACGCUUGGGGAACUUCUUACAUGCUACCAAAAGGAAGCGCUUCGCACAGAUGGAUACACAUUUCAGCUGACCAAGUGCUGCCCCCCCAGCCCCAAAUACAAAUCCAAUCUGCUGGUAUGCCGCAAUAACCAAGGACCAGAGGUUCUUCUGUCUCCUUCGCUACAAAAAAGCAUCAGCCAGAUGGUUUUCCACAAGAUCAGAAAAGAAGAUCUUGUCAUUAGCGAAAGUCUUGGCCAAGGUACGUUCACCAAACUCUUCUCCGGUGUCAGGAAGGAGCUUGGAGACUACGGAGAGAUUCAUCAGAUUGACGUGGUUAUCAAAAUCCUGGACAAGGCUCAUCGCAGUUACUCAGAGUCAUUCUUUGAAGCAGCCAGCAUGAUGAGCCAGCUCUCCCACAAGCACUUGCUCCUCAACUAUGGCGUGUGUGUUUGCGGAGAUGAGAACAUGAUGGUGCAGGAAUACGGUAAAUUUGGCUCUCUGGACACUUAUCUGAAAAAGAAUAAAAGUAGCGUCAACAUCACAUGGAAGCUGGAGGUAGCCAACCAGCUGGCCUGGGCCAUGCACUACCUGGAGGACAAGAAUGUUGUCCAUGGGAAUGUUUGUGCCAAGAAUGUUCUGGUGAUCCGAAAGGAGGACCGGAAAACCUGCAGUCUGCCUUUCAUCAAGCUCAGCGACCCUGGCAUUGGCACAACUGUAUUGCCCAAAGAAGUUCUGGUGGAGCGUAUUCCAUGGGUGCCUCCAGAAUGCAUCGAAAACCCGCAAAAUCUAAGUUUGGCUACAGAUAAGUGGGGCUUCGGCACCACCUUGUGGGAGAUCUGCAGCGGUGGCGAUAAACCGCUCUGCACGCUUGACUGCUCCAAGAAGAUGAUGUUCUACGAAGACAGACACCAGCUGCCAGCUCCCAAAUGGACCGAGCUGGCCAAUCUAAUUAACAGCUGUAUGGACUACGAGCCUUCACACCGACCCUCUUUUAGAGCAGUCAUCAGAGACCUAAACAGUCUCUUUACGCCAGACUACGAGCUUUUGGUGGAGAGCGACAUGGUGCCUGCAAGGACCCGAGGCUUUGGCUUCCCGUGGGCUUCGGAGAGCCAGGAGCCUGCUCAGUUUGAGGAGCGACACCUCAUCUUCCUCAAACAGCUGGGCAAAGGGAAUUUCGGCAGCGUGGAGAUGUGCCGGUAUGACCCUCUCCAGGACAGCACCGGGGAGGUGGUGGCCGUUAAGAAACUCCAGCACAGCACGGCGGAGCACAUCCGGGACUUUGAGCGCGAGAUUGAGAUCCUCAAGUCUCUCCAUCAUGAGAAUAUUGUCAAAUAUAAAGGAGUGUGCUACAGUGCAGGACGAAGAAACCUACGCCUGAUUAUGGAGUAUCUUCCUUACGGCAGUUUGAGGGAUUAUCUUCUUAAAAACAAAGUCCACUUUGAUUUCAAGAAGCUGCUUCUCUAUGCGCUCCAGAUUUGCAAGGGUAUGGACUACCUGGCCUCAAAGCGCUACGUCCACAGAGAUCUGGCCACUAGAAAUAUUCUGGUCGAGAGCGACCUGAGAGUUAAGAUUGGUGACUUUGGUCUGACCAAGGUGCUGCCCCAGGACAAAGAUUACUACACUGUGAGGAACCCUGGGGAAAGCCCCAUCUUUUGGUACUCUCCAGAGUCACUUACAGAAAGCAAGUUUUCGGUGGCGUCAGAUGUUUGGAGUUUUGGUGUGGUCCUCUAUGAACUUUUUACGUACUGUGACAAAGGCUUCAGUCCACCUGCGGUGUUUAUGCAGCAGAUGGGAAAUGAAAAACAAGGACAGAUGAUAGUUUAUCAUUUGUUCGACCUGCUGAAACAAGGCUAUCGCUUGCCUGUGCCGGAUAAUUGUCCGAAGGAGAUCCACCAGAUGAUGGCCGAGUGCUGGAGCGGGGACCCGGGACGAAGGCCCACUUUCCAAAUGCUGAUCCGCAGGGUGGAGAUGGCGCGAGACAACGUGGACACGUGAGGCACGUUCAAGUGGGGAAGUCGCGAUGAUAAAAGCAAACUUAUUACGAUCACACCGGGGCUGAUAGUCACUUGUGAGUGGCGGUGUUGCUACAAACAAUGUGAGGACUUUAACACUACACCUUGACUCCAAAGAACAUUCCCGACUGCCUCUAAGUAUUCUUUUUUAUAAACAAUAUUCCAUAUGAGAACAUUUUUUUUAAAGAUGAUCAUUUCUUUUGUAAAAUAUGGUUCUAUUGUACAUGUGUGUAUUGUUUGCAUCCUACUAUGGCUCUUAAAUUGUCUUUUUUGUUUUCAUUCCAGAAAUUAAUUUAACUUCUUUUUGAAUAAGGCCGAAACGACAAAAUGUGGUCGGAAAAAAGUGAAGCACUGUGGUUUUCUAGACGCACUUUUAAGCCCAAAAGGUUACUAGUCCAAUUAAAAUGUCUGUUAAAGGUGGUAAUUAAUUGGAUUUACUGUUCACAAGUCUGCUCUCAUAUGAAAUUACAAAACGUGUAUGAUUUGAAAGCAUGCUUGAAUGUAACGUGCUCCGUGACUGUGGAUAUUACCGCCAAUUUUUAAGGAAAUGUACAUAAAGUAUUUUAUAUUUGUUCAGGAAGAUAAAAUCAUAAGUCAUGUUGCA